CACCACAUUCUCCACAACGUCACAAUCGUGAACAAAAAAAAGGUGAAAUGAUUUGUGUUCGUACUUCUAAUACAGCCACACAGGAAUCCUUUGAGCUGGAAAACGCACUUUUGGCCACUUAAAGUUGAACCAAACGGGCACGAAAGUCUGUGUCAUUGUCGUAAUGGCGCACGUUAUUUCAAUGGAGCAGUCUCUUCCGACAAAGGAUGAAAGCAAAAACGAUGGUGAAAUAGACUGUACUUCUCCCGGAUCUGAUUGGGUUCUCAACCGUUGUAACAUAUUAAUGAAAUUAAGAUCCUCUCUGGACAAUAUGGGCUACCCCAUAAAAAAAGAGGAAAGAAAUCCAGCGGAAGUCACUUGUCCAAAAGUCCCAUUAAGGCUUCGAAAAGCCAAGGGAAGCGAGGACUACUUUGAUCCCACGGUUAUUUCUUUUGGUCCUUAUCAUCAUGGCAAAAGAGAACUCCAGGAAAUAGACACAAUCAAAGAUGAGGUCAUGCUCAAGUUUAUUAUUGAAUCUGGCAAAUCGUUUCCGGAACUUUACAAUAUGGUACGUAACAUGAAUCUACUCACUAGAGCUUGUUACGUUGAUUGUUCAAAGGAAAAGUAUUGUGAUGAUACGCUUGCAAUGAUUAUGUUCCGAGAUGGCUGUUUCAUUUCAUAUUUAUUGGACAAAAUUGUGCGUGAGCAGCGUGAGGAGCUAUUUUUGCUAUUUGUUAAUCAUGGAAACUUCUUGGGAUUUGAAUCUGCAUUUAGGGACGUGGUUUUGUUGGAGAACCAAAUUCCAUGGGCAGUUUUGGAACUUUUGAUGAGGCUUGGAUACAGUAAUAAUAAUAAAGUAGUACGAAAAAGGAUCAAGCAAUGCAUUUAUCUUUAUCUUUGGGAUAUAUCUCCAAAGGAAGUUCUAGAAGACGAGGAUGAGGGGCCACAGGCUGAGGGGCGUCAGGCUGAGGGGCCUCCUCAUCAUCUCCUUGAAUGUAUACAAAGAGACCUCACCAAAGUUGUUGAUCGAAAGAAAGAAUGUACUCACUGUUUCAAUUUUAUUCCAUUAUACAGAUUUUGUUUAUGGAAUCCAUUUCCAAAAGCCUCAAAAAAGGAGCAAAAUCCUGCAGAUGAUGAUAAAAAGGAGCAAAAACCUGCAGAUGAUUAUCCAUCAUAUCGUUCCCUUAGUGAACUUAAAGCUAAGGGGAUCCAUUUCAAGGCUACAAAUUCUAGUCCUCAUUCAUUAAAAGAAAUAAAAUCGUUUUCUUUUAAUGAUGUUGAAUUCAUACCUGGCUUUUUCUAUGCACAGCUUAAGCUUCCCCCUUUGAUCCUUAAUGAUGGUACAACAAUAUUGUGGAACAACUUGGUAGCCUUUGAAUUGAGUCAUCCGAUUGAGGUAAACGUUGUUAUUACAUCUUACAUCAAUUUCCUAAAUGCACUCAUUGCCAGUCCUGACGAUGUCAAAGAGCUGCGCUCAAAGCAUAUACUUCUCAAUGAUGUAGGCAGUGACGAGGAGAUGUUUAAAUUUUUCAAAGAGAUAUCUACAUGCUCAAUUCAAGAUAGAUCAAUUUACAGAAAAGUUAGACAAGAUAUUGAAAAGCACUGUAGGAGCAAGAUAAGGACCUGGGUGGCUGAAAUAAUUUACAAAUAUUUUAGAAACCCAUGGUCUGCUCUUGGUUUAUUUGCUGCUAUUGCUGUCGUUGUUCUAAGUAUUGUGCAGACUUACUUCACUAUCUAUCCUGUAAAAGAUUAUUGCAUGGAAUCCAUUUGCAGCUACCUCAAAAGACAGCAGAUAAAAAAUGAUUAGCAUAUACUGCUGCCUCAAAAUGGAAAGAUGAUAUCUACCUAUGCCUCCAAUUACCUGUAAUAUUAAUAAAAGUUGAUUUUUUUUUUUUUAGUUGUUGGGCUUCUAAAGACGCUUUGAAUUUUAAGCACUACUUCAGUUUAAAUUGUCAUUGGACCUAUUGUUUCUCAAUUAAUUGG